AUAUAGGGGGACUCAGCGUAUAAAAGCGAUUGACCACGGUACCCACCCAUCACAUUUCAUUUGCUAGUUGCUUCUGCAUUUUGCAAGAAUAAAACGCAAAUCUCUUCAAAAAUGAGUCCAUUGGCCUUAUUGCCUCUCUUCGCCGCGGUCGCUUUGGCCGCUCCUGGAGCCGUGCACCACCAAUUUCCAGCCUCCACUGCCCCCUUGGGUACAGGUUUGGUCGCUGCCCCAGCAGUAGCCGUCGCCCACGCCGCUCCAGCCGUCGCUGUUGCCCCAGCCGUCGCGGUCACUCACCACGCCGUGGCUCCAGCCGUUGCUCAAGUUUCCGUUCCAAUCACCAAGACCAUCCACUACGAGACGAAACCCGUCGUCACCGGAUAUUCAUCUCACAUCAUCAAACCAGCCAUCCCACACUUUGCUGCUCCAGCCCUUCAAGCCGUUUCCGUCCAACAACACGUUGUCGCUGCACCAGUCGCCGUUCAACAGCAAGUCGUCGCCGCCGCUCCAGCUCCAGUCGCCGCCGCCCCAGCUCCAGCUGCUGUCGUCGCUGACGCUGAAAUUAUCGAAGCCCGUGCCGCCGUCCCAGUCGCAGCAGCUCCAGCAGCCGUUGCCGUUCAACAACAUGUCGUCGCUGCCGCCCCCGCUUUGGUUCGAGCACCUCAAGCUGGUGAUUUUGGACCACUUGUGACCAAGGAAAAUGUCUUGGCCCCAGUCCGAACCCAUACCCAAAUUAUUCCACAAAUCACCCAAGUUCAACCAGAGGUCACGGUCCGAAAGGUCGUUCAUGAUGUGGCUGUCCACACCCCAGUCGCCGUCCAGACUCCAGUCCACUACUCGGUCAACCAACCAAUCGUCGCACACACCAACGUCAUCUCCACCGGACACCAUUUCUUGGGUCAUGCUGGUCAUCAAUUCGUCUUGUAAAUCUCCUUUAAAGACUAAUUUUAAAGAGGAAUUAGAAGAAUGAUAUUAUAUUUUUACAACGACCGACAUUUUCCACCUUUGGUAUUAUUUUACUGUUAUGAUGAUGAUGAGACUAUCAAAAUUUAACUGAGCAAUAAUAAAUUGGCACAAUGUGAAUCAAAUAAAUUUGUAAAUUAUGUAUGAUA